AUGUUCCUUUCUUAAUAAUUAACUUCAGCUAAAGAUUAAAAAGCUUUUACUCUUCCUACAGAAUAAAGCACACAGACACCAAAGUCCGCUUAAGAUGCUUUAUUUUUAUCAUAAAUUAGAAAUUAACAAUUCGAGCUAUUUGUUUAAAACGAUAACUAGUUUAAGCCUUCCUUUAUAUCCUAGCAAGUUGUUUAUAAUUAUGCUGUCGUAGAACCUAAGCUCCGUUCCUACAACAGAAAUGAUUGGAAAAAUGUCCUUUAGACUGAUAAAUCUUUAGUUUCGUUUUCAGAAUUAGAAUAUAAUAUCCGAAAUGGAAUUCCUGAUGAUCUUCGUCCUCGCUUGUGGUUUUGGUUAUCAGGAAUACAAAAACUAGAGGGAAAGUAUAAGGGUCAAUACGAUAAGCUUAAAAACAUGGCUUCUAAGCAUGAUGAAUAAAUUUCCAAAGACAUUCCAAGAACAUAUAGCAGACACUAAUACUUUAAUGGAGAGAAAACAGAUACUGCGCUUUAAUCAGUUUAUUCUUUAGAAACUUAUCAUGGAAAUAAAUAAAGUUCAGCAUAGUCAAAUGGAACAUCUAUUUUGAAUUCUGCAAGAAACACACAUAGAGUUGGCUAAUCCUCUGCCUUCACUAAAGGAUAGUAAAUGCUUUUUAACAUAUUAAGAGCCUAUUCUAAUUUAGACAGCGAAUUAGGUUAUGUAUAGGGAAUGAAUAUGUUGGCAGCUUAGAUUAUUUUAGCUUUAAGAAGCGAAAAAUAUAUUAAUUUUGCUCGCUCUUUUGGUAGUAAAUGUUGCGAAUCAAAAGUAGAAGAAAGAGCCUUUUUGAUAUUUUGCUAUAUAAUGAUUGAUAAUAAUUGGAGACAAACCUAUCUUCCUGGUUUCGUGAGACUUCAUGCUUUAAUUUAAAACCUCUAAAAAAACAUAGAUUCUUAGCUUUUAGAUCACUUUCAGGAAAUUAAGAUGGACUUUUUUAGUGCUUUCUCAUAAUUUUACUUGACUUUUAUGCUAAAAGAUAUAACAACUACUUUUGGUAGUAGAUUUAUAGAUUUAUUCUUACUUAAAGGUGAGCAUAUUAUAGAAUUAAUAAUUUUAAGAUUACUAGAUAUAUAUCAAUCAAACUUACUCUAGAUUAGCGAUCCUUUUGAGUGCUAAAUUUUUAUAGCUUAAGAGAUGCUCAAAAAUUCAGUAAAAAUGUUCAAAAAUGACCUAAAUAUAUUAUUGCCUCUCUCAUCUGCCUACACAAAACACAUGUGA